AUGCCUCAUGGCGCAAAACGAAAACGCGAUCCUGAUGACUACGCUGAUCCGGUAAUGGCAUCCUCUGCCGGCGAAAGCGGAUUUGGAAUUGGCCAGACAUUGUCACUAUUACAUGAAUCGGCUCCCUCCCCCUCCAGCACAGUCGAGGAAGAAUCAAUAAGAGCGGAAACGACGCACAAUGGGAUAUCUCACAAGAAGCGACGGAGGGGCGAAAAUGGAGAAAAGACAAAGUAUCCCACCUUGACGUACGUGGAGGGCAAGUUGCAAUCUUCGAUUCGCAUUGCGGAUUUACAAAAUGGAGUUGCGCCUCAAUGGAUCUCGAUGAAACAUUCUGGGCACGUCAGGAAGAUUGUCGUUCUUAUGGUCCCAGGAUUAGAAAUUGGCAUGUUCGACGGGUCGAUACCUUUAAGUGGCACCGCGGAAGCUACGAAAGUUGAAUCAGGCAAGGCGGAGGGUGAAAAAGAUACCCAUGACGAAGAUUUUGAACGAUGGAAGAAAGGUCUACCGCUCCCAGACAGAUCUUCUCGAUUCAACCCCAGAAGCCUGAAGCGGGAAGAUUUACCCGGGCCUCUCCAGGAGUUGGCCGACAUGUUCCCUCAUAUAUGGCCAGUCAAAGCACCUGGGGACACAAAAUAUAACAAAGUUCACUCUCCACUACAGGCGAUACUACUAUCCCAGCUACCGAAGACACAAGAAGAGGCCAAAAUCAAAGGCCCUCGACCGCCACGAAACGAAAAACAUUUUGUAUCCAAACGAACACCCGUCACUGCAUUCAUUACUCCGAAACUUGAAUUACGUGAAAAUGACUAUGUCCUGCAUCCAGUAUACUUCAAGACUGAGCCCGAGCAAGCGGCAGAACAGAGGAUACGAGAACAUUCCGGCACAACAGCCGAGCAUGGCUGGGUAGAUACAAAGGUUGAGUCACUGGCUGAUGGGGAACCUCCCGAAUCUGAAGUGCAGAAAGGAAGCAUAACCGCUGGCCGGGAAGUGCUGGCUCUCGAUUGUGAAAUGUGUAUUACCGAAGGUGGAAAGUCAGAACUCACCCGUAUCAGUUUGGUCAACUGGGACGGCGAGGUCAUUUUAGAUAAACUCGUCAAGCCGGACUUGCCAAUCAUCAAUUAUUUGACACAAUUCUCGGGUAUUACGAAAGAAAUGUUGGAUCCUGUCACAACAACACUCGCAGAUAUACAGAAAGAACUUUUGGAGCUACUCACACCGCGAACGAUACUUGUUGGACAUUCUCUGAACUCCGACCUCACUGCGUUAAAAUUAACGCAUCCAUUUAUUAUUGAUACCGCAAUCAUAUAUCCACAUCCCCGUGGACCUCCGUUGAAGAGUUCCCUGAAAUGGCUCUGUCAGAAAUAUCUCGGCAAAGAAAUCCAAAAGGGUCAAACAGGUCAUGAUUCCAUCGAAGACGCUCGCGCAGUUCUCGAACUCGUGAAACAAAAAUGCGAAAAGGGUGAGCGAUGGGGUACCUCCGACGCGAACACGGAAAGUAUCUUCCGCCGCUUAGGGCGAGCAGUCAAAUCCGGUAAACCACAGGGCCGAACUGGCGCGAUUAUUGAUUGGGGUAGUCCCGAGCGAGGGUUUGGUGCUCAGGCUACUGUCGCGAUUGGUUGCGACAAUGAUGAUCAAGUCGUCGAUGGAGUCAGACUUGCCGUCCGUGGCGAUGAAUCAAAUAUGAGUAUACCCGCUGAUGGGGUCGAUUUUGCUUGGGCGCGUCUCAGGGAACUCGAGGUUGCAAGGGGAUGGUGUAAUCGUCGCCCGGAUCCGAAUAAUGCCAACGUUUCUACCGUUAUAGCGCCUCCUGCUGAAGAGAUAAUACCUUUGGCCGAUACGACAAUGGACGAUAAAUCACUAGCAUUGAUAGUUUCCACGGCAGUCCGUAACAUCAAACGAAUCUAUGACUCCCUGCCGUCCUGUACACUCUUCAUCGUGUAUUCGGGCACCGGCGAUCCACGGGAAGUGUCCCGUUUACAUGCCAUGCACAAAACCUAUCGGGAAGAAUAUAAUAGCGCCCGCAAGAAGUGGGAUGAGUUGACCGUUCAAUGGACCGAUAGAGAAGAGCAGAUGUUGAAGAAGGCUUGUGAAAGGGCGAGGGAAGGCUGUGGGUUUAUGUGUGUUAAAUAG